AUGUCGCCGUCUAAGAUGACGAUGAGAGACUCAGAGGAGGAAUAUCCGGAUGCCUUCGGAUAUUCCGUUGCCCCACGAGUUUUUGUUGGUUGA